CAAUGGAAAGAUAAAAGGAUUUUAAUCGCGAAUAAAUAUACAUACGUUUGUUACUUUUACAUUGAACUGAGUUUUCUGUCAGGUCAGGUUCAGAAUGAUUCCACAUUGCACUUCAGUACUUUUAUUAACAAUUGUAAUAGAAAUCGCCUCAUCCUUGCCUCUCAAUGUAACUAAGUCCAAACUUAAAAUUGCUGGUGGAGAACCAGCGGAUAUAAAAGACUUCCCAUAUCAAGUAGCCCUCAAGUUGAGUAAUGCAAUUUGUGGAGGUGCUAUAUUGAAUGAAAGAUACAUUCUAUCAGCAGCCCACUGCACUCAUGAAAUGACAAUACCGCAGAUGAGUGUACGGGCUGGCUCUAGUUUGAGAAACUCUGGUGGCGUUGUUAUCCCUGUAGAAGCUGUAUUUCAACACGAAUCAUUCGAUCCUGUUACCUUCGAUUAUGAUAUCGUUUUGUUGAAACUAGAAGAAGAUUUGGUAUUCAACGAAAACAUAAGUCCUAUUGAAGUAGCUCCUCCCGAUUUUGUUAUCGAAGAAAACAGAUUGGCUACAGUUACAGGGUAUGGAGCUAUAGCAUCUAGAGGACCAUUAGCAAAAUCCUUACAGAAAGUUGAUUUGCCUCUCAUUACAACAGAAACAUGUCAACAAAUUUACGGCUCGGAAUAUAUCACAGAAAGGAUGUUUUGUGCAGGAUAUGUUGAAGGAGGAAAAGAUGCUUGUCCUGGAGAUUCAGGAGGUGCGAUAGUAUUGGAAGGCAAAGUGAUAGGCAUUGUUUCUUUCGGACCAGACUGUGCUGCUGCAAAUAUGCCUGGUGCUUACACCAAAAUCUCUGAAUUCUCAUCAUUUAUAGACUCGAUAAUUGCAAAUAAAAAUGGAGUAAGGGGAACGGAAGAGGAAGAUUUCGAUUUCAGAAUAAUAGACGGUAAAUUAGCAGAUAUCCAGGAAUUUCCAUAUCAAGUAUCUAUUAUGCACAAUGGUUCACACCAUUGUGGAGGAAGCAUUUUAUCGCACUAUUACAUCCUAACUGCAGCCCACUGUACUGCCUACCUACCUGCAUACCAAUUUUCAGUCCGAGUGGGCUCGAGUGUUUUGGAUAAAGGUGGAAUGAUUCAUCAAGUCCAAGAAAUUUAUGGCCAUCCUAACUUCACUACUAAAUUCGAGUAUGACGUGGCCAUUAUGAAACUAGAAACUCCUUUGAAAUACAGUAAUAAGGUAUUACCAAUUCAAUUGGCCGAAGAUCAGCAAAGACUUCCACCAGCAGGGACUUUAGCAUUGGUGGCUGGUUGGGGAAGGAUAAUAUCUACGAAGGACGAGAUGUCCCCUCACCUCAUGUUCAUGGAGGUACCGCUUCUACCCUAUAAACUGUGCAAAGAAUUAUAUAGUCAUAAGUCAUUCAUCCUCGACGACAGAAUGUUCUGUGCUGGAAAAGUAGAAGGGGGUAUAGAUUCUUGCUUUGGAGAUAGUGGUGGAGCUCUGGUUAUAGAUGGAAUUCAAUAUGGAAUAGUGUCAUGGGGUAUUGGAUGUGCUCUGAAGAACAGACCUGGAGUUUAUGCAUCUGUACCGCGUUUGGUUGUUCCACAUGGAAAUUUUGCAUCAAUGGAAAAUUUUCCAUAUAUUGUGUCUUUGCAAAAAUUGGGCAAUCAUUUUUGUAGUGGUGUAAUCAUCGACUCUAAGAAUGUUUUAUCAGCUGCUAGUUGCUUCGAUUUGAUUGAACCGUUUGACUUGCAAUUUUUGAGAGUUGUUGCUGGUUCUUCUACACCCGGUAAAAAUGGAGUUGAAGUAGCAGUUUCCGAUUUUUUAAUUCACGAAAAUCAUGUUAACGUGAACGUAACAUACGAUGCUGUUAUUGUGAAGCUUGCACAAGAUCUGACAUAUUCCGAUAAAAUUUCACCAGCAAUUUUAUCUGAGCAAGACGUUCCUGCUGGCACUGUAGUGAAUAUUACUGGUUUCAAUAUAAAUCAGGAAGUCGCACCACAAAUACUCAAAUAUGCAGAGGUGGAGAUAAUUCAACAGGAUGAAUGUCACAAGAUUUGGCCACAAAAAACAGCCAGUAAUCAGUUAUUCUGUGCUGGAGAUAUAUAUCAGGAUGUUUGCAAAGGAGACGCUGGAGCUCCAAUGGUUCUGAAGGAAAAUUUGAUUGGAUAUUCUUCUCUUUUAUCAUGCAAUAGUGGAAAGCCAAGUUUAUUCACCAAAAUUUCGUCGAUACGGAGCUGGAUCAGACAGAAUACUGGUGCUUAAUGAUCUUCGAAGUUUCGAAAAAUAUCCGUAAACUUGAUUUUUAUUUUGUUUCUGAGAGGAAAUCCCAGGAAAUUUUAUUUUGUAAAUAAUUUUUUUAUCCAUGUUCUGAAUCUUUUAUAUUUCAUGUCCCUAAUUCAUAUCUGCUUCUGCUUAUUUUUCGGGAUGAGGGAAAUAUCCAUACCAAAAAUUACAUCAACCAACAUGUUAUUUUUAUCGAUAUCUCACUAAUUGUUAAUAUUGUUAUAACAUAAGAGUGUGGGAUUUGAUUCUAUAUUAUAUCCUUAUGAAAGUAU